AUGGAGACCCAGCAUCGCACCCAGAACCACGCACUGAUCUGUGAACAGCUCAACCAUCGAAAGGCUGCCCAAGCUCCACCAAUGAGGGUUUUGCUUGCCGUCGCUGCUCUUCUGGUUGUGGCCGGUGCAGCCAGUGUCUCUGUGGAGGAUCUGGAGUUCGAUGCCUGGAAACAGAAGUUUGGUGAGAAAUCUACAUCAAAUCUGCUUCUUCGUAAGCUGAUCCUGGAGCACAACAUGCUGGCUGACCAGGGCCUCAAAAGCUACAGACUCAGCAUGAACCGCUUUGCAGAUAUGGACAAUCAGGAGUACCAGCAGAUGUUUAAGGGCUGCCUGGGAUCCUUCAAUGAGUCAGAGAUCGAGAGUGAAACUACAUUCCUUCAACAGGAAGAGGGUGCUGCUCGGCCCAGGAAUGUGGACUGGAGGGCUAGGGGCUAUGUGACCAGAGUUAAGGACCAAAGUCACUGUGGCUCCUGCUGGGCCUUCAGUGUGACAGGAGCACUAGAGGGUCAGAUGUUCAGGAAGACAAGGAUGCUGGUACGCUUAAGUGAACAACAGCUGGUGGACUGCUCUGGGAGAUAUGGAAACCGUGGCUGUCAUGGUGGUUGGCCGCACUGGGCCUUUAAGUACAUCAUGUACAGUGGAGGCUUGGAGACGGUGUACACCUAUCCAUAUCAGGCCAAGGAAGGGUACUGCAGGGUUAAAAAACAGAGAGCUUGGGCUAAGUGCUCCGGCUAUAGAAAGGUGUGUCACACAGAACGCGCUCUGAGGAACGCUGUGGCCACAAUUGGACCUAUUUCUGUAGCUAUAGACACCUCCCGACACAGCUUCCAGUUCUACAAGUCAGGUGUGCAUGAUGAGCCAAACUGCAGCAGCACUAACGUGACUCACGCUGUCCUGAUUGUUGGUUAUGGCACUGAAGCUAACAAAAAGGACUACUGGCUGGUCAAGAACAGAAACACCAUUGCACUGACUGCUGUUAUAGCAGAAGUCAUCAUCGCUGUGCAAGAGCAAGACAUUGGGCCUCUUCCUGAGUUCAGAGAAAACGAAACACUAAAUAAUUUUGCUCAAAGAUGCAAGGCCUUUCUGGAUGGCAAAGAGGAGCUCAGGGAGAAAAUCAAAGAGCUGAAAAAAGGUCAGAGCUCCUCCCAGUAA